AUGGUGCUGCAAUCCUUCAUCCAGUACAAGGCGUUCAGCCAAUCUGCGGAUGUGCAGAGGUUAUCAACUCGCAGCGUCAAGCAGCCAAAUGGACCCUCCCGGGCAGCGUCCACCUUGGUGGAACAAGAUGUUGCCACCGGUGGAAAAAGGACGACAGACAGUGCUGCUGUCGGCGCAGUUGCGGGAAAGGAACAGCUGGAAGAUUCGAGGUCACGAGGCGUGGGAGACACAGCAGCAGAGGAAAUCGACGAGGAGCGAGUCGCGGCCAAGGAGAAAUUCGGCAGCGAUGGCAAGGAUGAAUUCUUGGUGGAUUGGGAUGGAAGCAGAGAUCCGCUCAAUCCUCAGAACUGGUCUUGGUUCAAGAAGUGGAGCAUCGUAUUGCUGGUCAGUCAAAUAGCCAUCAUCGUAGGCGUGGCGGCAGGCAUCGACUCUGCAGCUGCCCAAGAAGCCGCUGCUCGUUUCCAAGUGUCGGAAGAGGUCAUGGAACUUCAGACUGCCAUCUUUCUGGUCGGCUUUGGCGUAGCGGCUCCCUUCUUGGGCCCUCUCAGCGAGAUUGGCGGUAGAUUGCCCGUCUACGUCAUCACACUGGGCGCCUUUUGUCUCUUUGAAGUGGGCAGCGCAUUGGCUCCCAACAUUCAGACGCGCGUCAUUCUUCGCUUCUUUGCUGGUUUCUUUGGAAGCACGCCGCUUUCGAAUGCCGGUGGCUCCCUUGCAGACAUUGUAGGUCCUACCGAACGCACCUUUGUCUUUCCGGUCUUUGCCGCCGCUGGUUUCCUCGGUCCAAGUCUGGGUCCUGCCAUUGGUGGCUACUUAGGCUACAAAGUUGGUCAAGAGUGGUGCGAUUGGCUCAUGGCUAUCUGGGGAGGCGCGGCCGUCAUUCUCGUCGCUCUGUUCAUGCCGGAGACUUUCGCACCUUCCUUGCUACGCAUGAAGGCACUCCAGAUCAGAAAAGCCACCGGCGAUGAGCGGUAUACGACAGCGCUUGAGAGAGCCAGGAAAGACACUCCUUUCAUUCAACACCUACGUCACGCCUUCGCAAUGCCCUUCAAAUUGCUCUUCUUGGAACCCAUCGUCUUCUUCGUCGCGCUGUACAUGACGGUAGUCUACAUUGUCCUCUUUGGAGCUUUCGAAGCAUACCCUCUCAUCUUUGAGCCGUUCGACCUCAAUCCGGGUGAAAUUGGUCUGACAUUUAUCGCCAUCGCCAUUGGCAUCGGUAUCGCAGCGACUCCAACUCCUCUGGUCUACAAGCGCUAUCUUCGCGUGCAGGCUUCCUUGCGACAAUCCUCACUCGAAAGGGCGACGAACAAAGACGAAGAAGCGAAAUCCGGGACGUUGAAGGUGCCGCCAGAGGAGAGACUGAUUCUGGCAAUGUGUCUCAGCUGGCUCGUGCCUGUCGGUCUCUUCUGGCAAGCCUGGACAGCAUACGCAUCCAUCGGUCCUUGGCCCUGCAUCGUCGCAGGUCUUGUCUGGGGAAUUGGCGUUCUGUCCAUCUUCAUCUCCAGCUAUCAAUACGUCAUCGAUGUGUACAACGUGUGGAGCGCUAGUGCUUUGGGAAGCCUGACUUUCUUGAGGUGAGUAACUAGGUCCGCUGCUUUCGCAAACCUCGUACAAAAGCCUACAGCUGCUCAACUGCUUCACCUGUUGCAGAUACAUCAUCAGCGGCGGCGCCAUCAUGUGGACACGUCCCCUCUUCAUGAGUGAGUGCAUGCCUCGUAGGUCCAAAAUUUGACGAAGUUCGUCUGGGCUGACGGCGUGGGAUCUCUGCAGGCAUUGGAACUCACUGGGCAUUGAGCUUCUACGGCUUCCUGUCCAUUGUCAUGACCAUCAUCCCAUUCGCCUUUUACGUGUACGGAAAGCGCAUACGAUCGUGGAGUCGUUACGCCCUCUCGCCCGUAUAG